AUGUCAGAAAAAUUAAUGUUGAGUGAAAAUGAAGACUCCUCCCCCACCAAUGGAAACAACGUGGAGGAUGGGGCAGUUUAUCCUGGAUCAGAAGAACCUGAACUGUCCCUGGAUCAGAACCGAAGCUCUGUAUUAAUGGAGGAAAGCAGUACACACGAGAAAGGCAAUGAUGCUAACACUGUCCCAACCCCAGAUCCCGACCUGGAAGUUAAACCACCACUAAUUAACACAGAAACGGAUGUUAGUGGACACACGAGAAUAAAAGCUAAAACAAGCCUCAAACAGACACCCUUCUCAGCUGCCACAUCUACCACUGUUAACACUGCUGUAUCGGGUAAGCGUUCUGUGAUACUGUCAAACGAAGCCCACAAGGAGAAGGUUAAACAGCUUAAAGCUCUUAAGGAGGAACGCAGAGCGGCUCUCGAUGGCCGACACAGGUACCUCAUCUUUAAGAUUGCUUAUGGGAUCGGCCUGGAGGAGGUGGAAGUCGAGGAGGCUAUCAUCUCUGAUGACAAGUUCUUCAUGAUUGAAGAUUUCUUCUCAGCCAAUGGUUCGAAAAGCCUGGUGCUCUUCUACCAAGUUGUACAAUCGUCCAACUCUUGGAUGGACACCAUAAAUCUAUCCACUGGACAGAAGAAACUGUUUAUCACAACAUUCUCUGCCGAGGCUCUAACCGGGCAGUGUUUGUUUUUCCUGAGAGGCACGAGCAAGGCCAUAACAACUGCAAACAUAUCCCAGGAGGUGAAUUUUGGUAUACUAAACUGCUCAGAGGGGAACAUUCUGCACAGUCUGAAGUUUCUUUUUACCCAAGUCAUGAACCCAGCAAUAAAGGCACAAGAGGACUGGGGUGUUUUAAAACAGGGUAAAAUGGACACACACAUACAAGACUUCCUGAGUUCAGUGGAUAAGUUCACCUGUACCGUUUCUUCAUUGCUGAGAAACACAGAAGAAACAUUUCAGCUUCACAGCCUCCCAUCAGUCUCAGAUCUGAGCCACAUAAAGACACCUGCAGAUGGUAUCAGUGCAGUGAAUAACUCUGAGUUGGUGGAAAGUCUGGAAGAACAGUUGUUACACUGGGCCAAGCAGAUAGAACAUGUGCUGAUGGAGAGCGAGCAGAUCAGGAGAGAAUCGGAUGACAUCGGACCCUCAGCGGAAAUAGAACACUGGAAGUGCAGAAUGAUCACCUUCAACAGCCUUUUGGAAGAAAUCAAAAACCCUUACGUGCAUAAAGUUAUUGGUAUAUUGAGUGCGGCCAAGUCCAAGACAAUAAAACAAUGGAUAGAAUUGGACAAAAAUAUCACAAUUGUGGCAAAUGAGGCUAAAAGUAAUGUGAAGUAUCUGUACACUCUGGAGAAGUUCUUUGAACUUUUGGAAAAGUCUGGUCCAACCACCAUGUUGGAACACAUUCCCAAACUAAUGAACAGCAUACUCAUGGUCCACACUGUGUCCCCAUAUUACAACACCUCUGAACACAUGACAUCACUCUUUGUGAAGAUCACUAAUCAGAUGGUCAGCACCUCUAAGCGUUAUCUCUGCCAAGGGGUGGCGAAGGUCUGGGACUUGGACAGAAAGGAGCUUCUCAGGAGGAUCAAGGAAUGUGUUCGGUUGAAUCGGGAGUAUCAAGAAUGCUUCCACGGGAUGAAAGAGGAAUUAAAGCAAAACCCCCUCAAACUGCAGUUUGAAGUUAGUGAGAAUUAUAUCUUUGGGAAGUUUGACACAUUAUGCAAACGUUUGGAGAAGAUAGCAGACAUUGCCAGAACUCUUGAAGAUCUCUCAGACCUGCAGUUCAUGAAAGUUGAGGGUAUUGAGAAAACAUACAUGCGCUACCAAACGAUAGUGACUACCAUUAAAUCUAAGACCUACAAUGUCCUGGACCACCGCAAGUUAGAGUUUGAUCGUGAUUACACAGAGUUCAAAGGUCAAAUUCAGGACCUGUAUCAGUCCCUAGAGUCACUGAUUGACACCUGUCUUCAACGUAAACAUACAACUGAGCAGGCCUUUGAACUGUUGUCCAAGUUUGACAACGGUGUAGGCAGACAAAUGGACCUCAGCCUGAAGUAUAUGGCUCUUCUACAGGAAUAUGAAUGUGACCUUGAAUAUGUGCGCAAACUCUUCCAGAGUAAGAAGGGGGAUCCCCCUAUACCACGAUGCAUGCCUCCUGUCACUGGGAAAAUUGCAUGGGCACAUAACCUGUUCCGCAAAAUUGAAUCGCCAAUGUUAAUUCUACGAGACAAAUUGGACAUGAUACAGAAACUGGGUAUGAAGACGAUUAUUCGAGCGUAUAACAAACUGGCUGCUGUUCUUUUGGAGUAUGAAGUUCUGCUUCACAGAGAUUGGGUUGAAGCCAUGGAACUGGGACAAAUGUUUUUUCUUAAAGCUUCACUGCUAACCAGACAUCCAACAACCAAGGUGAUCUAUGUGAAUCUCGAUCCCUUGGUCCUGGAGACAUUGUAUGAGGCAAAGUACAUGCAAAAAUUUAAUUAUCAUGUACCCGAUGUCGUCCUUAAAAUGUGUGCCAGUGAACAUCAGCUGAAGGUCCAUAAUGACAAAUUGAAGCAAAUGCUGGAUGACUUUGAUGUAGCCGUCAAGAGGAUUCCCAGUGUGUUACAACCCCUGAUGAAUCCCUUCAUCCACCAAGUGGAAGCUGCCCUCUCCCCUGGACUGACCAUUCUAUCAUGGACAUCCCUCAAUAUUGACAACUUUAUAGACGGUGUGUAUGAAGCCCUGAGAAAGCUAGAGCAAGUAUCAAAGGUUGCCAUGGAUAUUCUGGAAUGUCGAAUUGAGCGUGUCCUGAAGAGCAUGUCCACCACCCUUUUACUGACACUGCCUGAGGAAGAGCCAAUUCUGCCCCAGGACUUCCUGACCAAUACAGAGACCACUGUCAAUGCAGCAAGAAAGACGCUAAAGAUUUCAAGUCAGCAGUUGGAAUCUUCUAUGUUGGAGAUGAUUGAGGAACUGAAGAGAGAGAUGAAACCUGCAGAAAGGGUCAACUUGGAGGGCUCGCAGUGUCUGCAUCCCGAUGCCAAGCAGAAGACGCGCUGCCUACAAUGUCUGCCGUGUGCCUUCUUCAUCAUAAUGGGACAGUUGUGUCAGAGGAACACAGAGGCCCUGGUCAGAGCUACCAAACUCUCUCUGGAUUCUUUGCGUCGUCGGCUGCAUGGGGCAAACACAAAGUACCGAUCAUCUCAAAGUGAUGCUGCCAUUCAGAUUCCUUUGUUCAAAGCUUCUGUUGAACUGGCCAUUCCCAACCUUGUCCUUAGACCGAGUGUAGAAGAAAUACAGGUCAUUCUUGGUAAAGUUAUUACAACUGUGCUUUUAACAGCAAAGGAUAUUCCACUCUGGACAUAUUCCCAUCUCCAUUACAAACAGUUGCAGACAGAGCAGUUAGCAGCUCGAGAGCUUGGAGACGACAAUAUGGUGGCUAAGCCGAUCUUAUUGAGGCCUCUGGACAAACAGCUGUCGGAUCAUAAGGACGUGAACAAGGCUUUGGGCCAGCUGGCUUCUAUGGUGUCCUCUCUCAGAGUAGAUGUUGGGGACAUUGUGGAAGGGUUGUCUCAGUUUUCUGCCCUGUGGAACCAGGAUCCUGCAGAACAGGUAAAAGCAUUUUUGGAGACCAGCCCAUCCCUGCCGGAAUUCAGCUGCCAGCUCUCUGUGUAUUCUAAACUCGAGUCCCAGAUUGAGGAGCUUCCAAACACAUGCAGUGUGGGCCCAAUCCUUUACGAUACCAGCUCGCUCAAACUGUCGCUCACUCAAGAGUGUCGGACCUGGAAACGGGCAUUCGGGUCAGCUUUAAACCAGCAGGCCUCUGCAGACAUGACCGAGUUGAGCUCUUUCGUGGAGGGGGUGAGCAGGCACCUCCAGAGGCCCAUUUCUGACCUGGAUGGCGUGAGGGGAGCCAUGGCUGCCCUACGGGAGGUACGAGAUCAAGAGAUACGGAUCGAUGCCAUCCUUGGAAUGAUGGAGGAGUCGUUCGCCCUGCUCAAUCGGCACGAGCUGUUCUUCAGCGAUGGAAAUGCAGAGAAGAUCGAUAGGCUGGUUUACACUUGGAAAGAACUCAAUGUAAUGGUCAACCAAACCCAGAAUAAGCUUGUGGAAAUUCAACCUCAAAUGAAGGCUGAGCUUCUUUCUGGAGUUAAGUCCUUCCAGAAUGCUGUGCAGAACUUCUAUGCUGACUAUGACAACUGUGGUCCUGGAGUACCAGGUUUGCCCCCUCGUGAAGCCAGUGACAGGUUACAAGUUUAUCAGGCCACGUUUGAUGAACUGUGGAGGAAAUAUGUCACCUUGUCCAGUGGAGAAGAACUUUUCGGCCUCCCUGUUAACGAUUAUCCGGAUCUUCACAGAAUCAAACGAGAGCUCACUCUUCUCUCCAAGCUUUACGGCCUGUACAAUUCUGUCAUUGAGAGUGUUUCUGGAUAUUAUGAUAUUUUAUGGGCCGACCUCAACAUAGAAAAGAUAAAUAAUGAACUGUUGGAUUUGCAGAACAGGAUCCGUAAGCUACCCUCAGCCCUGAAGGAAUGGCAAGCAUUCAAUGAACUAAAGAAGAAAAUUGAUGACUUCAAUGAGACCUGUCCUCUACUGUACAUGAUGGCCAAUAAGGCAAUGAUGUCCCGACACUGGCAGCGCUUGGCUGACAUUACAGGCCACACCUUUGACGUGCAAUCUGGGAAUUUCAGUCUUCGCAAUGUCAUGGAAGCACCUCUGCUGAAACAUAAAGAGGAUAUUGAGGAUGUGUGUAUCAGCGCGGUGAAAGAACGAGACAUUGAGUCCAAACUCAAAGAUGUGGUGAAUGAAUGGAGCAGCCACCAGUUCACUUUUGCCUCAUUCAGGAAUCGUGGAGAGCUGCUGCUCAAGGGAUCGGACACCACUGAGAAAGUUGCGCUAAUGGAGGACAGUCUUAUGGUCCUUGGGUCCCUAAUGAGUAACAGAUACAACGCUCCAUUUAAGCCCACCAUCCAGCAGUGGGUGCAGAAGCUGUCCAACAGUUCAGAGGUGAUUGAGAGGUGGCUGACGGUACAGAACCUGUGGCUCUACCUGGAGGCUGUGUUUGUGGGUGGAGACAUUGCCAAACAACUGCCUCAGGAGGCGAAACGCUUUCAGAACAUUGAUAAGUCCUGGCAGAGGAUAAUGCAGCGAGCACAUGAGAUUCCAGGUGUGAUUCAGUGCUGCGUCGGAGACGAGACACUUCAACAGCUACUUCCGCACCUGCUGGAACAACUGGAAGUGUGUCAGAAAUCUCUGAGCGGAUACCUGGAAAAUAAACGUCUCGCCUUCCCACGGUUCUUCUUCGUCUCUGAUCCAGUGCUGCUGGAGAUUCUGGGUCAAGCCUCUGACUCUCAUACCAUACAGGUUCACCUGUUGAGCCUUUUCGAUAAUGUCAACAGAGUUGUGUUUCAUGAGAAAAGCUAUGACCAGAUUCUUAGCUUUCAGUCACAGGAAGGGGAAACCGUGCCUCUGUGCGAACCAAUCGUUGCCCAGGGUAAUGUAGAAGCAUGGCUGAGUCUGCUGUUGAAUGGAGUGAAGAAGACCAUUCACAACAUCAUCCGACAGGCCAACAUGUCCAUCAAUGACCAGGGUUUUAAACUGGUGGAGUUCCAGUCCAUGUUCCCCGCUCAAGUGGGACUGCUGGGCAUACAAUUUAUCUGGACCAGAGAUGCUGAGGAAGCACUCAGCCUUAGCAAGAUGGACAAAAAGAUAAUGCAAACUACUAAUAAGAAGUUCCUGGAUCUGUUGAAUGAACUCAUUGACAUGACCACUCACGAUCUGACCAAGAUGGACAGAACCAAAUAUGAGACGCUUAUCACCAUACAUGUCCACCAGAAGGAUAUUUUUGAUGAACUGGUACAAAUGAACAUUCGGUCACCCUUGGACUUUGAAUGGCAGAAACAAUCUCGCUUCUACUUUGUUGAAGACACAGACAGAUGUGUGAUCCAGAUCACCGAUGUGGAGUUUGAUUACUGUAAUGAAUAUCUAGGCUGCACUGACCGUCUGGUUAUAACACCUCUUACUGAUAGAUGUUAUAUCACAUUGGCCCAGGCUUUGGGAAUGAGUAUGGGAGGCGCUCCCGCUGGCCCUGCUGGGACAGGAAAAACAGAAACCACCAAAGACAUGGGCCGCUGUUUGGGUAAAUACGUCGUUGUUUUCAAUUGCUCAGACCAGAUGGACUUCAGAGGACUUGGCCGCAUCUAUAAAGGAUUAGCCCAGUCUGGUGCAUGGGGCUGUUUUGAUGAGUUCAACCGCAUUGAACUGCCCGUGCUGUCUGUGGCAGCUCAACAAAUCUACAUCGUCCUGCAGUGCAAAAAGAACAAGAAACCUCAGUUCAUAUUCUCUGAUGGAGAUGUUGUAGACAUGGACAAAGAGUUUGGUAUCUUCCUUACCAUGAACCCAGGGUAUGCGGGCCGCCAGGAACUGCCCGAGAACUUAAAAAUUCAGUUCCGUACGGUGGCCAUGAUGGUGCCCGACCGAGCCAUUAUCAUAAGAGUGAAACUGGCCAGUGCUGGCUUUCGCGAUAAUCAAGUUCUCAGCCGCAAGUUUUUUACACUCUACAAACUAUGUGAGGAACAGCUUUCUAAACAGGUCCACUAUGACUUUGGUCUGAGGAACAUCUUGUCUGUUUUGAGGACUCUUGGAGCAGUUAAGAGAUCCAAUCCAACCGAGCCAGAGAAGACUGUGGUCAUGAGAGUUCUCCGUGACAUGAACCUCUCCAAACUGGUAGAUGAGGAUGAGCCGCUCUUCAUGAGCCUCAUCAAUGAUCUGUUCCCAGGCAUCAGUCUGGAUAAUGCAGGUUAUCCUGAGCUAGAAGCUGCUAUCACCAAACAAGCCAAAGAAGCCAAGCUGAUCGCUCAUCCUCCAUGGAUCCUCAAACUUGUUCAACUCUAUGAGACCCAACGAGUGAGACAUGGUAUGAUGGUUCUUGGUCCCAGUGGAACAGGAAAGACCACAUGUGUCCACACUUUAAUGAAGGCCAUGACUGACUGCGGAAAUCCUCACAAAGAAAUGCGAAUGAACCCGAAAGCCAUCACAGCCUCCCAGAUGUUUGGUACAUUGGAUGUAGCCACAAAUGACUGGACAGAUGGAAUCUUCUCCACGCUGUGGAGGAAAACUCUGAAAGGCAAGAAGGGGGAACACUUGUGGAUCAUUCUUGAUGGUCCAGUUGACGCCAUCUGGAUCGAAAAUCUCAACUCAGUCCUAGACGACAACAAGACUCUCACCCUGGCCAAUGGAGACCGUAUCCCAAUGUCCCCCAGUUGCAAGGUGGUCUUUGAGACGCACAACAUAGACAACGCAUCUCCGGCCACCGUGUCCCGCAACGGCAUGGUCUUCAUGAGCUCAUCUGUUCUGAACUGGCAGCCCAUCCUGCAGGCCUGGCUGCAGAAGAUUCCAGCAACACAAGCUGAUUUUCUUUUGGCCUCUUUCAACUCUGUCUAUCAGGAUUUAAUUAAUUUCAUCGCCACUGCGGUUUCUCCUAAAAUGCAGCUGUUGGAGUGCAUGUACAUCAAGCAGACCAUUGAUCUGUUACAGGGUCUGCUGCCAGCCGUUGAGGAAAAGCUCCUGAAAGGAUCUCACAUUAAUCGCCUCUUCAUGUUUGCUGUCAUGUGGUCUGUUGGAGCUUUGCUGGAACUGGAUGAUCGAGCCAAGAUGGAGACGUUCCUCAAGCAGCACUCAGCCAGCCUAGAUCUGCCCAGUACACAAGGAGAUCUGACUAUCUUUGAGUUUAUGGUCAAUGAGACUGGAGAAUGGGAUCUCUGGUCCAAAAGGGUGCCAGAGUAUCACUACCCCAAAGACAUGGUUCCUGACUACGCCUCCAUUCUUGUACCCAAUGUUGACAACAUACGGACCGACUUCCUAAUGCAAACCAUAAUGAAACAAGGCAAAGCAGUCCUGCUUACUGGUGAACAGGGAACAGCCAAGACUGUCAUGAUAAAGGGCUACACCAGCAAAUAUGACCUGGAAACACAUCUGAUCAAAACUCUAAACUUCUCGUCUGCCACCCUGCCUGGCAUGUUCCAGCAAACCAUAGAGAGUUACAUAGACAAACGUGUGGGCACCACUUACGGACCUCCAUCAGGAAAAAAGAUGACCGUUUUCAUCGAUGACAUCAACAUGCCAGUUAUCAAUGAGUGGGGCGAUCAGAUCACAAAUGAGAUUGUUCGUCAGUUGAUGGAGCAGGGAGGUUUCUACAGCCUGGAGCGGCCUGGGGAAUUCAUCAGCAUCAUCGACCUGCAGCUGGUGGCUGCUAUGAUCCAUCCCGGCGGUGGUCGUAAUGACAUCCCCCAGCGACUCAAACGCAAGUUCUGUGUGUUUAACUGCACUCUACCCGCCAACUCCUCCAUAGACAAAAUCUUUCACACGCUGGCCAGUGGUUAUUUCUGCCCGGAAAGAGGUUUCCCGGAGGAGGUGUGCUCGUUGGCUGCCUCUCUUGUACCAACCACUAGAAGAGUGUGGCAGGCUGUCAAAGCUAAGAUGCUUCCGUCCCCAGCAAAGUUCCAUUACAUUUUCAAUUUGCGUGACUUGAGUAGAAUCUGGCAGGGUAUUCUGACUGUGGGAUCAGAAGUGUGUCAGACUCCUCAGCUGCUGGCCUCUCUCGUCCAGCAUGAGUGCUUGCGGGUCAUUGCUGAUCGCUUCAUCGAACAGAAGGACAAAGACAUUUUUGAUGACAUUCUACAGAAGAUCAUUGUAGAGGAUCAUGGUCCUGGUCUUUUGGAGCGUGGGCCAUGGGAAGAGUAUUUCGUGGACUUUCUGCGGGACGCUCCUGAGCUGACAGGGGAUGAACCUGAAGACACAGAAACAGAGACACCGAAGAUCUACGAACCCAUUCCAUUCUUCAAGACCCUAUCAGAGCGCCUGUCUAUGUUUCAACAACAGUACAACGAUACCGUCAGAGGAGCACCCAUGAACCUGGUCUUCUUUGAGGAUGCAAUGAUCCACCUAAUGAAGAUCUCUCGGAUAAUCCGGACGCCUCGGGGUAAUGCCCUACUGGUCGGAGUGGGGGGCUCUGGGAAACAGUCUCUCACUCGACUUGCAUCCUUCAUAGCUGGAUACCAGAGCUUUCAAAUAACACUGACACGAACGUACAAUGUGAGUAAUCUAAUCGAGGACCUCAAAGCCCUGUACAGAAUUGCAGGUUUGGAAGGAAAGGGCGUGACCUUCAUCUUCACAGACACCGACAUCAAGGACGAAGCCUUUCUGGAGUACCUGAACAACGUGCUGGCAUCCGGAGAAGUUUCAAACCUGUUUCCUCGGGACGAGGUAGACGAGAUCACCCAAAGUCUCAUUCCUGCCAUGAAGAGAGACCUCCCACGCUGCCCGCCCACCAUCGACAACCUCUACAACUACUUCCUGUCCAGGGUGCGCAGCAACCUCCACGUGGCUCUGUGCUUCUCUCCGGUUGGCGAGAAACUGCGCUCAAGAGCCCUGAAGUUCCCCGGACUCAUCUCCGGCUGCACCGUGGACUGGUUCCAGCGAUGGCCGCGAGAUGCUCUGGUGGCCGUAGCUGAGCAUUUCUUGUCCGACUACUCUCUUCGAUGUUCAGACGAGGUGAAGAGGAGCGUCGUGGAAACAAUGGGAACGAUCCAGGAUAUGGUGACUGAGAUCUGUACCGAAUACUUUCAGCGCUAUAGACGUCAGACCUACGUGACGCCUAAAUCCUACCUGACGUUUAUUAAAGGAUACCAGACGAUUUACUCAGAGAAAAUUGAGCAUGUGGGGAUGCUGGCGGAACGCAUGAACACAGGUCUCGACCGACUCAUGGAAGCCGAGCAGUCGGUGAACCAGCUGCGUGUGGAGCUGAGAGAGAAGGAAAAGGUGUUGGCCGUGGCCUCAGUCAAAGCAGAUGAAGUCCUGCAGGAGGUCACGAGCAAAGCGACGGCCGCAGAAAAGGUGAAGGCUCAGGUACAGAAGGUGAAAGACAAGGCCCAGGCCAUCGUGGAUGAGAUAGAAGAAGAAAAGAAGGUGGCCAAAUCCAAACUGGAGGCGGCCAAACCAGCAUUAGAAGCUGCCGAGGCUGCGCUGCAGACCUUAAAGCCAGCCGACAUUGCAACUGUGCGUAAACUGGGAAAACCUCCUCAUCUCAUUAUGAGAAUCAUGGACUGUGUGCUCAUACUGUUUGAUCGACGAGUGGAUUCUGUCACCAUCGACCCCGAGAGACCCUGCAUGAAGCCCUCAUGGUCCGAAGCUCUUAAACUGAUGAACAACCCUGGGUUCCUCGGUCAACUGCUGUCCUUCAACAAGGACUCUAUCACUGAGGAGAAGGUUGAUCUUCUCACUCCAUAUCUGCAAAUGGAAGAUUAUAACCUGGAAUCAGCCAAACGGAUUUGUGGGAAUGUUGCAGGACUCUGUUCCUGGACUAUAGCCAUGGUGGAGUUCUUUAGCAUUAAUAAAGAAGUUCUGCCCCUUAAGGCUAACCUAAAGCUCCAGGAGGCUCGUCUGGCCGUAGCCCAACAAGAACUAGCAAAAGCUCAGAAACAGCUGGACAUGAAGCAGAAGGAGCUGGACGAUGCACAGGCGAUGUAUGAUGCAGCCAUGCAGGAGAAAAUGGACUUGCAGAACGAUGCAGAGGCAUGUCGGAGGAAGAUGUCCAAUGCUGUGGCGCUUAUUGACGGACUUGGCGGAGAAAAGGUCCGCUGGACAGAGAGCAGUUCUCAGUUCCAGAGACAAAUCAAACAUCUGGUGGGGGAUGUGUUACUAGCCACUGGAUUUCUGUCAUACUCUGGGCCUUUCAAUCAAGAGUAUCGCAACCUUCUCCUGCAAGAGUGGAAGAAAGAGAUGAAUACCUGCCACAUCCCCUACAGUGAGAACCUGAAUUUGAUCAGUAUGCUGGUGGAUAAUGCCACUAUAGGAGAGUGGAACCUGCAGGGUCUUCCCAACGAUGACCUGUCCAUCCAAAACGGCAUCAUCGUAACCAAAGCGUCUCGAUAUCCUCUGCUCAUCGAUCCACAGGGUCAGGGCAAGAGCUGGAUCAUGAAACGUGAAAAGAAAAAUGACCUACAGGUGACAUCUCUAAACCACAAAUAUUUCCGAACCCACCUGGAGGAUUGUCUAUCUCUGGGCAGACCUCUGCUCAUUGAAGAUGUUGGAGAAGAGCUUGAUCCAGUGCUGGAUAACAUUCUGGAGAAGAACUUCAUUAAAACUGGAAAAACUUUUAAAGUUAAAGUAGGAGACAAGGAGGUGGAUGUAAUGAAGGACUUUACUCUCUACAUCACCACUAAACUGGCCAACCCCGCAUACAGUCCUGAGAUCAGCGCGAAAGCAGGCGUGGUGGAUUUUACUGUCACUAUAAAGGGCUUGGAGGACCAAUUACUCGGCCGGGUCAUUCUCACAGAGAAAAAGGAAAUGGAGGCCGAGCGUGUGAAGCUUUUGGAGGAAGUGACAUCAAACAAGAGGAAGAUGCAGGAGCUGGAGAACAAUCUUCUGUGCAGGUUAACAAGCACUCAAGGCUCUCUGGUGGAGGAUGAGUCUCUUAUCGAGGUACUCAGGGUCACCAAGACCACAGCAGAAGAGGUGAGUGAAAAGCUAAGAGUGGCUGCAGACACUGAAAUUAGAAUAAACCUGGCACGAGAGGAGUACCGUCCAGUGGCCACCAGGGGGAGCAUCCUCUAUUUCCUGAUCGUGGAGAUGAGUCUGGUCAAUGUCAUGUACCAAACCUCACUCCGUCAGUUCCUGGGCAUCUUUGACAUGUCGAUGGAAAAGUCACCAAAGUCUCAGAUUACAGCUACUAGACUGAACCACAUCAUGGAGUACCUCAGUUUUGAAGUGUUUCAAUACACAGCUCGGGGACUCUAUGAAAACCACAAGUUCCUAUUUACGCUGCUCUUGGCUAUGAAGAUAGACCUACAGGCCAAAACCAUUUCUCACACUGAGUUCCAGACAUUUAUUAAAGGUGGAGCUUCUCUGGAUCUCAACUCAGUCGAACCCAAACCAAAGCGCUGGAUCCUGGACAUGACAUGGCUGAACUUGGUGCAACUGUCCAAGCUACCUCCCUUCACCGCUCUGCUAACACAAGUGAACCGCAAUGACCGGGCCUGGAAGAGCUGGUUUGAUGAGGCCGACCCAGAGGAGGCCCCGUUGCCUGAUGGGUACGAGAGUCAGUUGGACGCGUUUCACAAACUACUGCUCAUACGCAGCUGGUGUCCCGAUCGCACCAUUGCACAGGCUAGGAAGUACAUCGCUGAAUCAAUGGGAAUAAAGUAUGCCGAGGGAGUGAUUCUGGAUAUGGAGUCCAUGUGUUCUGAGGGUGAGAACAGAACACCUCUGGUCUGCUUUCUGUCCAUGGGAUCUGAUCCCACUGAGAACAUAGAGAGACUCUCCAAAUCAAAGGGUGUUCCUUGCAGACCCAUCUCUAUGGGUCAGGGACAGGAAGUGCAUGCACGACGGCUUCUGGCUCAGAGCAUGUCUGAUGGAGGCUGGUUACUUCUGCAGAACUGCCAUCUAGGGUUGGACUUCCUGGAUGAACUUUUAGAGACUGUCACCAACGCAGAGAACAUCCAAGACAGCUUCAGGUUAUGGGUGACCACAGAAGUUCACCCCAGGUUUCCUAUUAACUUCCUGCAGUCUUCCAUUAAAUUCACCAAUGAGCCUCCACAAGGGGUAAAGGCCGGACUCAAGCGCACAUAUAACACUGUGACUCAGGAACAGCUGGAGAUCACCAACAUGCCUCAGUGGAGACCCCUGCUCUACGCCGUGGCCUUCCUUCACACCACAGUCCAGGAGAGACGCAAAUUUGGUCCACUUGGCUGGAACAUUCCCUACGAGUUCAACCAGGCUGAUUUCACCUCCAGCAUUCAGUUUGUGCUCAAUCACCUUGAUGAGGUGGACGUUAAGAGAGGGGUGAACUGGAACUGCUUGCGGUACAUGCUAGGAGAGGUGCAGUAUGGUGGACGGGUCACAGAUGACAUGGACAAGCGUUUGCUUAAUACAUUCGCACGCAUCUGGUUCAGUGAGAACAUGUUUGGAGAAAAGUUCUGCUUCUAUAAAGGAUAUACUAUGCCAAAGGCCAAGAUACUACUGGAUUACCACACACACAUCGAUAUUCUGCCCUUGGUUGACACGCCUGAGGUUUUUGGCCUCCAUCCCAAUGCUGACAUCACAUAUCAGACAAACAUGGCUAAUGAAACCCUGAACACCAUCCUCAACAUCCAGCCCAAAGACAGUGGCGGCGGAGGGGGCGAGACCAGGGAGGCAACUGUCCAGCGAAUGGCCAAUGAGAUGCUGGAGAAACUUCCUGCUGACUAUGUGCCCCACGAGGUGAAGCAUAAUCUACAAAAAAUGGGUGCAUUACAGCCCAUGACUAUUUUUCUGCGUCAGGAGAUUGACAGAAUGCAGCGUGUCAUCAAGCGUGUGCGUACUACUCUCAUUGACCUUAAACUGGCCAUUGAUGGGACCAUAAUCAUGUCCGAAGAUCUCCGAGAUGCUCUGGACAGCAUGUAUGAUGCUCGUGUACCAAAAUCCUGGCAAAAGAUCUCUUGGGAAUCUGCUACCAUUGGUUUCUGGUUCACUGAACUCCUGGAGCGGAAUCAGCAGUUCCACAACUGGAUAUUUAAUGGUCGACCUCAUCAGUUUUGGCUCACAGGAUUUUUCAAUCCACAGGGAUUCUUAACAGCGAUGCGUCAGGAGACCACUCGAAUGAAUCUAAAUAAAGGAUGGGCUUUAGACACUGUCGUCCUACUUAACGAUGUCACCCGCAUGAUGAAGGAAGAUGUCACGGGCCCUCCGCCUGGGGAUGUGGGCGGAGUCUAUAUAUAUGGCCUAUAUCUGGAUGGUGCUGGGUGGGACAAGAGAAACACAAAGCUAAUAGAAUCACCUCCAAAGGUUCUCUUCACACCUAUGCCAGUGGUGCAUGUUUACGCAGUGAGCAGCACAGAACCCAAGAAGCCUCAGUCCAUUAAUCUGUACUUGUGCCCGGUGUACAAGAAACCAAGAAGAACAGACCUCACCUACAUCUUCUCACUUCUGCUCCGGAGCAGCCAGAAUCCAGACCACUGGACCCUGAGAGGAGUCGCUUUACUCUGUGACUGCAAAUAAAGCCAUGUUAAAAUAAUUAACACAAAAUGAAUUGACAUAAUAUGAUCAUAAUAAAAAUUAAAAAAUAUUUAUAAUAAUGAUAAACCAAAAGCUAUUGAUGUUGUUGUCUGUUCAGAACUUUAGAACUGCCUGUCAUGGUGUUUUCUAUAUUUUGGGGGCAUUGUUGUGGAUUGAUUCAUUAUAGGAAUA